AACAGGUGAUAUCCACUGGAUAAAGGAUGUGAUUUUAGGCUAUAAUUAUAGCAAAUGUUUGUGGUAUUCCCUUGCUUAAUAGGGUACUAGUAACCAUGACAACUGCAUGCUUCUAAAAAUUAUAAAGGCCUACGUAGAUCUAUUUAUACACGUAUAAAGCAUUCAUUUAUUAAAUUUUUAAAAUAGUUUUAGUACUAACGGAUUUUUUAAUUGAUCUGAAUUUACUGAAUAAUUACUACAUAGCAAUAUUACUUUAGAUAUAAGUUGCUUAGACAUGAUUAACCAUGUAAACAAUGCCACGUGUUGAAAGAGUAACGGAAGUUUCAUAUCUCAUAAAUAUUCAUGAGAAAACAACAUGGCGUCUAUGCUGGUGGUAGUGUACAUGGUCCAGCUAAUUUUGCACAACGUAUCGCCAUCAGGCGGAUCAUCACACUGGGUUGUCACAGAGGAUGGGAGAAUCCAAGCCCAGUUGGACACAGUGUUCAAUAUGAAGAGGCCAUAUGACUUAGUAGCAUUUAUGCGACAGGAAGAAAGGUCGGGAAUGUUAGAUAAGUUAAAAGAUGAACUUCUAUCCAGGAAAGAUGAAAUUGAUAAAAAUGAAGAUCGGGACACAGGUCUUGAACAGAGAUUUUAUAAAACAGAUCCUGACUGUUUGAUGGCAGUCAAGCCUCUUCCAGAAUUUGAUUUAUAUAUCAGCACAGUAUUACCGUUGGAAAAUAAAGGCAUACGUCCAGAGGAUCAUAUAGAUAUGAAGAGUAAGUUGGGAUCAACAUUAAUGGCCCCUAAUUGUGAAGUAAUAGAAGACCUUUCAUUCAGUAUGGAUGCAUUUGAACAUUUAGAGGGUAUGAAGGACCGAUUGUCCCUCUCGGGUACCCCAGAAUUGGGGCUAAAAAACGCUAUAACCUACCAUGAUAGUGUUGAUGAAUAUGGGCAUAGGGUGUUCGAGGCCCUUAAAAAGAACACAACAUCGUGGGUGCUUUAUAAUAUGGCAGCAUUUUUCUGGAGGAUAAAAGGGGAUCCGUAUAUGACAAUAGAAUGUCUAAGAAGGGCUUUGCAUUAUUCUCCUAGAAUGCACAAAGAUGUUGCAUUAAUUAGCUUGGCCAAUGUCCUUCAUCGUGCCAGAUACUCUAAUGAAGCAGCUAUUGUAGUUCAUGCUGCUCUCGACGUGUCAAAGGAACUUAAUGUUAACCACUUUACUCUGGGAAAUAUUUAUGCUGUGAUGGCAGAGUACAAUAAGUCUGUCAUCUGUUUUGAGAAUACUCUGAAGAUCCAGCCGGAUUUUAAAGCUGCAGCCGAGAGAAAGUACGCUGUAUUGUGUCAUGCCAAGUUAGAGGCAGCCCUAGAAGCACAACACAGAUCUCUCCAGAAAACACUGAAUGAUUUAAAAGACUAUCAGAAGAAGCAUGACUAUUGGCAGCAACAGAAUGAGAAACUAAUGGCAGAACAGGUACCAGCCAACACCAAAAUCAACCAACACGUGGCUCACGAGAGUCUCAAAAUGCAGCAGACGAAUGUAGAAAUAGGUGAGUUUUGCCAGAUGGUGGACAGGGAUGGUAGACAGGUUUUGAUGUGUACCUGGGGUAAAAAAUCCAUGGAAGAUGAAAUGGACUUCACAAUGUUUGGGGACUUCAAUAACGGAAACCUUGUAGACAUCAAUAAAAGAGAGGGAGAUGAAGAGGACUCUUCCAUCAUUGACUAUACUAAACCUGUCAGGGCUCCUCUGUAUACCAAUGAAAAGAAACUGGAAGCACCCAAAUACAACAACCCUGACAGUGAUUGGCCAACUAAAGAUGAGUGCGAUACUUACGUACAAAAGGUUCCGGACCCCCGUAAUCUGUCCACUAUCUAUCUUAGUCCAGAAAACAAGGGCUUUGAGGUAAAAGCCUUACUGACAGAAGCUCAGAAUUUACUGCCAGAAGAUGAGCAUCCGCUGCCAUGGUAUCCACCAGUUUGUGUCCCACUGAUGGAAAUCCCAGAGGGUCAGAGGAAAACACAUGAUCACAUUAAAUCAGUAUCUUAUGAUCAGAGGACACGGAUACCUCUGAAACUCACGGAUCCAUCAAUGUUUCCUAUCCUUAUUGGCCAUGUUAAUGAUGGAAUUGCCAUAGAAGAAAUAGGACAAAGACUUUUGACUGCUUUGAAACAAAAAAUUGGUCCUGGUUGGGUGCUAUAUAAUUUGGCUGGACUGUAUUGGAGGAUUAUUGGUAAUAACUAUCAGGGUGUCGAGUGUAUUCGACGCUCGCUGACCCUGGUGCCAGAUGAGUACCGGGAUGUACCAUUGGUUAACCUGGCUAACAUUCUCUAUCGAUGGGGACGGUUUGAAGAUGCUGUCACAGUGAUGAAGGAUGCUUUGAUUGUUAAUGAUUUGGAGCCUGAGUCUCAUUAUUUUUAUGCAAACCUUCUGUGGGCAACUAAGAACUAUACAGGAGCUGUGAAACAUUAUGAAAAAUCUCUAGACAUUUUGCCAGAGAGUCAGGAUACCUUCAACAAUCUCCGAGCCAUUAAAUGCUACCUGAAAUUUCACCACGCUACUCAGAGUGCAGCAGCAGCAAAACAGUCCAAAAACCAAGGCUGUCAAACCAAGGGUGGAUCUAAUGAUAACCAGGAAACUGAGAGCAGGGUCAUAUGUAAAAAUGAGAAUGGGGAAGAGAAAUGUGUGAUAGAAACAAGGAGUCGGACAAAGUCCGGGGAGUGUAAUGGUCACUGCACACAGACCUGUACGGUGACCCCAAUCAAGUUUGACAGCUGUACUGGAGACGAGGGACCAAUGACAGGUAGUCCAUGUUCCCAGAAAGGACCAAACCAGCCAUUUCCAAACAGUGCAGAUGAGCCCAACUUGGGAGGAGAUUUUUCUGAUCGCCUGGAUGAGGUCAGUGAACAUUAUUUGUCAAAAGGAGUUUGUGAAGGGGAAGAGUGUGGUCAUCUCAAAGUACAGUGCACUAUUCCAGUCAAGACAGGAACUGGGUCCAUAAGCUACACGAGUACCUUACCUAAAUACCUGGCCCAUCCAAUUUAUGUUUACAAAAAAUGCCUGAGUGGACAAAAAAUUCUGUUGGCACCCUUGAAAAUUCACGGAGGACAGCGCCCCCACAUCAAGUUGGAGGUAGAAAAUGGAGUUCUUCACCAAAAGCUCAUUUUUGCUCAGUCUGCAGAGGAGUUAUAUGUGGAACCUCACGAGUGUGUCAUUUUCAAUGAUGGUACAAAAUCCAGCGGAUGCAAUCGGCCAGAAUAUAAGAACUAUUUACACAGUAUCAUCACCAAUAAGAUUGACUAUGAGCAAGUAGAACUGAUUCUAAUGGAGCACCUAAAUGCCCAAAACGACCCCAAACACCAGGAGAAGUGUUCAGGAAAAACUCAGAGUUGUAGUUGCUCUCAGACCACCUCAUCUGAUGUCAAACCCCCAAAAGGGCCAAUAGUGGAAAAGAUUGAAAAGGUGACUUUGACCUGGGGAAGUGAAGACUCUAACCCAAACAAGCCAGACGUGUCGGAUGGAAAGGAGCAGGAGAUUGCACCAGUGGAGCAGCUUCCAGACAGUGAACUACCAGACACCACACACCACAUAGGUAGGAGGUACCAUAUUGCCAUGCCUUCUGUGGAGGAAUGCCAGAAUAUGCCUAAAGUGGAUUUCACGGAGUAUACCAGCACUUUCCUUUGUGUAUCAGCAAAGGGUGUAGAUUUAAGGAAGCAUAUUGAUUUUGAGACUGUGAUUAAAAGAAGCCUAGAGGAGCCGGUUUGUAUGACUGAUUUCUACAGCACUUUAGAAGUGGACGUGUUACCGGGGACCAGGAACAAACUUCACCUUAACUACCACCCAGAGAAUGUGUUGAAAGAAGUCCUUCAGAAACUGGGUGGUGAGAAACAACCGGUGGAAGUCAUUGGCACCAGAAUUGCUCAAGCUUUAAAAAAGAAUAUGACGUCAUGGGUGCUGGCAAGCACGGCAGCACUAUACUGGAGGGUAGAGGGUGAUGCUAAACGUGCCAUAGACUGUCUCAGACUGGCCCUGACUACAGCACCAAGAGAUGUGCAGGACACUGCAUUGAUAAGUCUUGCCAACAUUUUACACAGAUCAGGGUAUCUGAAUGAUGCCAUUGUGACCACGGACAUGGCCUUAGAUGUUCCAGAUAAACUGGUGGUCAGCCAUUUCACAAUGGCAAAUCUCUAUGCAGCAAAGGGUCAAUGGGAUAAAGCUACCAUGUUUUACGAGUCUACAUUAGGGCUACAGUCUUCAUUUGAAGCCGCCAAACACAGGUUGAAGAGAAUAAAGUGUCGAUUUGUGAUGCAGCGACCAGAGAACCAGUCUGGAAAGAUUCACAAACCUUGAACACUUGUAAAUCUACAUGUAUGCGGUGAACUUUAAAACUUUCAGUUGCGAAACAGGGUUUCUUACUUAGUCUGAGGACAGUCCCAUUUUUAUUUUGGUUUGUAUUUACAAAAAGGGUACACUUACCGUUAUAUUAUGCUAGCCUUAAUUAUUUAUUUUUAUUAUUUUAUAUGUAAAUAGCUGCAGGACGUGUACUGGUACAUUGAUAACAGUGAUUAGAGGUGUGCAAUAUUAUACUGUAUUGCAUUAUAGGACCAUACAAUAAUGCUAUUUUGCAACACACAGGUAUUCAACUUAAGUCUACCAAGAACACUUAAUUUUCUUCAGAAGAAGACUACAAAAGUAGCUGUCAUCUUGAUAACCCUGUACAUGUAUUAUCAAAUGAGUACUGCAGCUGUCAUCUUGAUAACCCUGUACAUGUAUUAUCAAAUGAGUACUGCAGUUGUCAUCUUGAUAACCCUGUAUAUGUAUUAUCAAAUGAGUACUGCAGCUGUCAUCUUGAUAACCCUGUAUAUGUAUUAUCAAAUGAGUACUGCAGCUGUCAUCUUGAUAACCCUGUACAUGUAUUAUCAAAUGAGUACUGCAGCUGUCAUCUUGAUAACCCUGUACAUGUAUUAUCAAAUGAGUACUGCAAAAUCUUGUGUAUAGUGUGCAUCACAGAAAUUUGAAAUUUUGGACCAGUAACUGCCCUUUAAACCCAAAGUUUAGAAGAAAAAAACAAUUGCAUGUAUGCUAAGCUGCUAAAAAUCAGCAUUUAAUUCUUAAAUAUAACAUAAAGCAUAUGAUGAAUAUAGAUUUAUCCAUGUGAUGGCUGUGCAUUUGAACAUGAUGCUCUUUACCAAGGGAUAUACUCCCACUCUCAACAGUGCAAUAUACAGUACCCUGCAGUACAGGGAUAUACCCCCCCCCCCCCCCCUUCUUUCUCUACAGUACAGUAAACACACACACUCUGCAGUACAGGAAUACAUACUCCAUUCUGUAGUAUCUUCCCAUUGGAUAUUGUAGCCUAGUGAAUAGGGCACUCACUUGAAAACAUCGUUUUCGAUCCUUGCACGUCAACCAAAGCCAUCAGCAUAGGUAGCGACUGUGCCUUCACCAAAUGCCCAGCAUUAGAAUUGAAUGUCACAGAUCUUUCAAAUAUGACCUUAAAAAGGGAGGUCCUGUGUUGUCAUGAGCAUCGGCACCAUAAAUUGCAAUGCUUCAGCCCUGAGCACCUUGUAUAGGUCACAAUUUGUGGCACUUCACCUAGACGUCUAGACACGAGUGAAAAAUUCUCAGACAGGAGGUAAAACAUACAAACAUUACCUUCCUAUUUAUUGUGAUAUGUAUGAUGAUAGCAACAAGAAAAAAAAUUUAUGAACUAUGGUUCAUAUUAUUCAUUUUGUGAAAAAUGAGAUAACGAUGCUUUACAUACACAAAUUCUACUGCAUUUAUAACAGAAGUAUAGUUAUUUAUAACCCCGACAACCCAUAGGGAAAAUGUGGUCAUUUUUUAUUAUUUUCUAUAUAGUGCCCCUCCUUGCAUGGUAUACACAAGACUUUAUGGUAGAAAACUAACAAUUACCUGGUAGGAAUUUAUAUAUACAUAUUUAAUACAUUAAAACUUACAGAAAUCCAGAACAUAAUAUCCAUAUAGACAUGGAAUAUCAUAGUGAUUUGCAGGACAAUAUCCACUUAUAUGAAUCUGUGUAGGAAAACUCUCUUUGAAGUUGAAAAACCCAAAUAGGAGUAUAAAUGCAAUUAUAUUGUGUUUCAGAAAGGUGCUUACUGCGUACAUCACACUGAAAUUGUGAUUAUGAAAUACUUACAACUGUGAUGCUGUGUGAUCUCAACCUAAAUAUAUUGUAUCACUGUGUAAUAUACAACUGUACUUGUGUGCUUGGACAACAAACUGUGAUCUGUGUGAAAUAUUUUUAUCAAUAUUUCAGUUUUUAAAAAAAAGAAUAUUUUGUAUUUUGUAUAAAUCGAUGUACUAAAGAAGAUGGUGUUAUAUUCAUUUCUGCAAAUGAAUGAGGAGUUGCCAUAUUUAACCCCUAUGGUACUGGACCCCAUUCAGUCAAUAAAUGUGCUUUACAUUUUUGUAUGAAAUGUUUUGAGAUUGAUAUUUAACAGAUACUCAACUACAGCGUAUUCUGGACAAUUGUGUCAUCAUCAUGUGUCAUUUUCAUUUGUACCUGCUUUAAGGUGUAGUACGAUAGAUUUAAUAGGUUUUUUUAAUUUGGGGGGAAAAAGAUCAUGUAAAAGUUGGGUUUUUUUCUGUGAUGAAAAUUAUGCCAAGGUUAUGUUGGGCAAGACCUAAAUUGUCUCCUUUUUUUCUACAGAACAUGUUAAAAAAAAUAUUGUCCAACUCGAAACAUUUAUUGCAAUUUAUGUAUUUUGAAUUAUUCUAUCCAGAAUUUGUAAGUUUGACUCAAACCCAAAUUCAGUGAUAUUAAAAAUGUUCAUUAAAAGGAUAUUCCUCAUUAUAAGGUAAAGCCAUGGAUUGUCACUACACCCGUAUAAACGUUUCCGACUAGAAAAAAAAUCUAACCCAUGUGUACUUACGAAAUCGGUAACCAUCCACCCAUAGUUCAAAAUGGUUGGCCACGAUGAAGAUAUACACACAGGUGUAUAUUAAUUCAAAUCGGAGUCAUGAACUUGAUGCUUGGUGUAUUGUCAUAUAAAUUCAAUUUUUAGGUCCGUAGCACAACCAUGUACAGUAUAUUCUGUAACACUAUUACUUUUUGUAUAAAAAAAAACAGAGAUUGUUUAUUGUUUUCAUUCAUUUACAUUUCAGGUUGUCAUACAUGUAUUCCAUUUUAUUCUGUGGUCAUGCAUGAUUUAACAGUGCUUUUUACAGGUUCCUUGAAAAUACUACUAAUCCCUUGGACGUGUACAGAUAUUCUUGAAUUCUUGAGAGAUUAACAUUUUCUAAUCAUUGUCUACCAAAUUCAAGGCUUCAUUGUUACACAUGUUCAUAUUUUCUUGAAGUUGACGAUGCAUAAUAUCAUAAAGUGAAAAAUAUGCAGCUUUGUGUUUAUGACUAGUACAAGGAAACUUAUUCUUGUUGGUGUCUUUUCUUGUAAAUUGUAAUCUUGCUGACCUGCCUAAACUAGCCAGGGUAGUUUUAUUCCCUGCCUAAGACAGCCAGGUGGAUGUAGUAUUAAGAAUUGGAUUUAUUUGAACUUAUUUUAUCACUUGCAAAUAAAAGUGAAAUUGCAUUA